CAAUGUGCAAUAAAAGGAGGUCACUACCACACCUGAAACAUUGUCAAGAGAUCAAUCAUCUCAGAAUCACGAUGGCAAGAAUUGUUCUGCUGCUCCUUUUUGUCGCCAUUGCAAGUGCUAUAGGCCAACCUAUAGAACCUAACUGCGAUCAAUACCGACUGCUCUCUGGUGUGCCUUGCCCAGAGGACGAUAUCCCUGUGUGUGGUACUGAUGGAAGAAACUACAGAAAUGAAUGCAAAUUGUGUCUCGAAAUAAUGGACGGAUUUAACAUAAAAAUAGCCCACAUGGGUGAAUGCUGAGACCAAGCUCACCAUCUGCAUCAAGAAUGACAUUCAACAGCUGUACAGCGAUUGUCAAUGCAUGUUUGUUCUGAGCUUUUUAAAAAUUCAACAAUAAAGCAUCAAUAAAGCAUCAA